AUGAUUCACAGCAUCUUUAUUCUCAACAGUACAGGCGAAGUCAUCAUCGAAAAGCACUAUCGGGGCAACACCAGUCGCACGGAAAGCGGUGCAUUUUGGAAUCAAACAGCCAAAUCCGCGCGCGGCAUUCCCAUCGACGCGCCCCCUUUCCUCCCCACCCCGAAAGGCGCCCUGAUCCAUCUGCACCGCAACGGCCUCUUCUUCCUAGCCUCCGUCCUCACAGACACCCAACCUCUCUUCGUGACCCAAUUCCUCGAGUCUCUCGCCGAUGUCUUCGUCGACUACUUUGGGGAGCUCAACGAGCACGCCAUCAAAGACAACUUCAUCACUGUGUACGAGCUCCUUGAAGAAAUGCUCGACAACGGCUUUCCGCUCACUGUCGAACCAAACACACUCAAAGAACUCAUCACCCCGCCCUCCAUGAUCAAUCGCGUCUUUGAAUCGCUCGGCGCCGAUUCGGCCAAGACGGCUACCAUGUCCUAUGCCUCUCCGCGCACCCCAUGGCGCCGCGCAGACGUCAAGUACGCCCAGAACGAAAUCUUCGUUGACGUCAUCGAAACCAUUCACGCUACCUACUCCGCGACUCGCCGUAACCUUUCCCAGCUUCUCAUCGCCGGUGUCGUCAAAGUCAACUCUAGACUCUCGGGCAACCCCGAUCUAGCGAUGCGCAUUCGAGCAAACGCACCAUUUGAUGACGUCGCUUUGCAUCGCUGCGUCCGUCUCAACAGAUACCAAGAGUCUGGUCAACUCGCCUUCGUCCCGCCUGACGGCCCGUUCAAACUGAUGACAUACAAGAUCCGCGAAACAAACUCCCUCAACUUACCAAUCGACGUUCAAUCUCAGAUCAAAUUCGACCAUAACGCGUGCUCGGGCUCGGUAUCCAUCUCGCUGGUGCCUCGGUUCGCCUCCGCCGUCGCCCCCUCUUUGUCUGGUGCUUCGUCGGUUCCCUCCGGCUCAAUGAUUCUCUCGCAAGUAAUGAACGCGGCGGGCGGCAAAGCGAUGGGACUAUCAGAGCCCGACUCCGUGAUGGACCACGUAAGCGUGCGCAUUCCGUUCGGUACAUUUGUCACCGGGUGCUCUUUGAGCGCCAACUACGGCACCGUGCAGUUCGAGUCGACAACUGGAACAUGUACAUGGAACGUCGGAGCUGUGCCGCGGGGAAAGACGCCAUCGCUCGUGGGGCAAAUUACGCUACAGGAUGGGUCGGCGGCCGUUGCGGCCAACCCUCAGAUUUUGGUGAGCUUCCGCAUCCCCGGUUACUCGACGUCGGGGGUGUUCGUUGAAAGCUUGGACAUGUUGCCGCCAGAACGGUACAAGUAUUACAAGGGAUUGCGGUGCAUCACAAAAGCAGGCUUGUAUGAAGUACGGACGUGACGUGUAUCUUUAUUAGGCACAAUAGACGAAGAGAGGCAAAUGAUCUACAGUAGAUAGGGGGUUCGAAAUGUUUCUGUAAAUUACGUCAAGAUCUUUGGCCACCAAA